CUAGCCGUUAAAACUGCUUUUCUUUUGGCCGGAAAAUUUCAGAGCCCAUGCUUUUAAGCCGGAAAAUUUCAAAAUUUGCCCGAGUUUGUAAGUUUGAGGUUUUAGCAGGAAAUUUUCAUUUUUCGCCCAAAAGUUCUGAUUUUGGUUGGAAACUCUCACUUUCUUGGCCUGAAAGUUGUGUUUUGAAUGCAACACAAAAAAAAGUUUGUAUUUUGGAUUGAAUUGAUCAUUUGAAGAUAGAAAAUCAGCGAUUUCUGACUUAAAACUGGGGUUUUUGUUUUUUUGUUUUUUUUUCCGGAGUUCUGCUGGAAAUCGCUCUAUUGACGAGAAAAUUUGAAGUUUAAUUAGUAAAUCGUCAAUUCAAUGUUAUCUGGAAAGUUAAUGUGCUAAUAUUUCUAUCCAAAACUUCCGAUUUGAUCUGAAACAAUCCUUCAGACCAGAAAACCUGAUAUUUUUGGCCGGAAACCUACUGUUCUUCGCCAGAAAUCACUAUUUUAAUCAGAAACCUGCAAAUUUGGCCAGACAAGAUGGCGGAAGGCAGUCACCGGAAACUUGUGGUGGAAAUAAGUCAAGCUAGAAACCUGAUGCCGAAAGACGGUCAAGGAACCUCGAGCCCUUAUGUUCAGGUGGACUUCGAUGGCCAGAGAAGACGCACUAAAACGAAGUUCAGAGAGCUCAACCCUCAAUGGGAUGAGAAGCUCGAGUUCCUCGUAAACGAUCCCGAAUCUAUGGCCUCUGAAACCCUAGAACUCAACAUCUACAACGACAAGAAGACCGGAAAACGAAGCACAUUUCUAGGGAAGGUCAAGCUUUCAGGUAAUUCUUUCCCUAAAAUUGGAUCUGAAAGUUUCACCUACUUUCCCUUAGAGAAACGCAGCGUUUUCUCUCAGAUCAAAGGUGAGUUAGGGUUAAAGGUCUACUACAUAGAUGAGGAGCCGCCAGAAAAGGCUCCAGCUCCGUCCAAUCCAGAAGAGAAACCGCCAGAAAAUGCUCCAGAACCGGCCAAAGAAGAGGAGAAACCACAGGAAAAAGCAAAGACAGAGGAGGCACCCCCAGCCAAAGAAGAGGAAAAGCCACCGGAAAACAAAGAUCCCAGCGAGAAGCCGGCGCCAGAGGCCGAAGAUUCAAAGAAGGAGGAAGAAAAACCGCAUGAAAAGCCACCAGAAAAGUCGCCAGAAAAUGCAAGUCAGAAAGUUUUGGCCACCACGAAAACGGUAUCCGGCGUGAACACCUUACAGACUCGAAUUAUAGGAGACGGUGUGAGGGGUGCAUACGAUCUUGUAGAGCGCAUGCCGUAUCUAUACGUGCGUGUCGUAAAGGCGAAGAGGACUGCAGACAAUGGCUCGACACCGUGUCUGUAUGCUAAGCUGGGCAUAGGUACUCAAAGUGUAAGCACUCGAACCGUGCAAAACACGGAGUGGGAUCAGGUAUUCGCCUUCCAGAAAGAGAAGCUCAACUCGGCGAGCCUCGAGGUCUCGGUACACGAAGAGAAGAAGCCCGACGCAGCGGCUGACACACCCAAGGACACUCCUCCAGCCACCGACACCUGCCUGGGUACGGUGUCGUUCGAUCUGCAAGAGAUUCCGAAGAGGGUUCCUCCUGAUAGCCCUUUGGCCCCUCAGUGGUACACGCUCGAAGGAGGGCUUCCGGAAGGUGACGUCGCCUUGCCAGGAAAUGAUGUCAUGCUCGCUGUUUGGUAUGGGACUCAGGCGGACGAGGCAUUCCCGGCUGCUUGGCAAUCGGAUUCCGGCGGCCUCCUGGUGCAUACCCGAGCCAAGGUCUACCUCGCUCCGAAGCUGUGGUACCUCCGCCUAACGGUCAUCCAAACCCAGGACCUUCAGUUCCCCAGCACGCCCGAACCAAAGGCCCGGGCCCCUGAGCUUUACGUUCGGGCCCAGCUAGGUCCCCAAGUUCUGAAGACGGUUAAGAGUGUCGGCUUGUCGGCUAACGCGCCGAACCCAAGCUGGAAUGAAGACUUGAUUUUUAUUGCAGCCGAGCCGUUUGAGCCGUUUUUGGUAGUCGGCGUGGAGGACCAACCUAGCGGGCAGCAGGUUGGGAAGGCCAAGAUCCACGUGGCGAGCCUUGAUAGGAGGAUCGACGAGCGGGAAGAGCCCAAGUCGAAAUGGUAUAACCUUGGCUCAGAUGAGAAUAAGGCAUAUGCAGGCCGUAUACACGUGCGAGCUUGCUUAGAGGGUGGUUACCACGUGUUAGAUGAGCCGCCUCAUUUGGUUAGCGACUCGCGGGCCUCGGCUAAGCAGCUUUGGAAGCCGCCGAUCGGCUCAUUGGAGCUGGGCAUUUUGGGGGCGACCAAUCUCAUGCCGAUAAAGACCAUGGACGGGACACGUGGCACCACCGAUGCGUAUUGCGUGGCUAAGUACGGAACCAAGUGGGUACGGACAAGGACCGUUUUGGACAAUUUUAGCCCAAGGUGGAAUGAACAGUAUACGUGGGAGGUGUACGAUCCGUCUACGGUUCUUACUCUCGGCGUGUUUGAUAAUGCACAGUAUGGGAAAGAUGAAGGAAAGGGAGCUUCUAAGGACACACGUAUAGGCAAGGUACGUAUCCGGCUUUCUACGCUAGACACAAACAGGGUAUAUACGAAUUCUUAUACACUCACAGUGCUUCAACCUGGUGGAACCAAGAAAAUGGGUGAGCUCGAGCUUGCAGUGCGCUUCUCUUGCACCUCUUAUCCAGCCCUAAUGGCUUCUUACUUCACUCCCCCUCUUCCCCGUAUGCAUUAUGCCCGCCCUCUCCCUCUUGCGGAUGCCCUGCGCCAUGCUGCUGCCCGCACCCUCGCUGUCCGCCUCUCUCGCUCAGAGCCCCCACUCCGUCCGGAAGUUGUCCACUAUUUACUGGACUCUGACGCCAACUCUUGGAGCAUGCGUAGGACCAAGGCUCACUGGUUUAGACUGGCUUCGAGCUUGUCGAAGCUUGCAGCCUUAGCACAUUGGCUCGACUCUGUGAGAUAUUGGAGCCAACCGUAUACAACCAUUUUGGUGCAUGUCCUCUUUGUAAUUCUCAUCUUGUUCCCUAACCUGUUCUUACCAACAUUCUUCCUGUAUUUGUUCUUUAUUGGGGUGUGGAGGUACAGAUACAGGAGAAACCUGCCUGAAAAUAUAGAUAUUCGGCUAUCGUGUGUUGAUUUGGUCAGUUUAGAUGAGCUUGACGAGGAGUUUGAGGGGUUUCCUGCAAAUAGGGCGGCUGAGGUGGUGAGGGUGAGAUAUGAUAGACUGAGGGCAGUCGCUGGGCGAGCCCAGACCUUGUUGGGUGAGGCAGCAGGGUUUGGUGAGCGGCUCGAAGCAUUGCUCGAUUGGCGGGACCCGCGUGCCACAUUGAUGUUUGUGGUUGCAUGUUUGGGGGUCUCAGGUGUGCUUUAUGCUAUACCAUCUAAGGUAGUAGCAAUUGGACUGGGGCUCUAUUUCUUCAGGCACCCUCGGUUCAGAGGAGACUCACCACCGGCUGUUUUGAACUUUUUCCAACGAUUUCCAUCACUUGCCGACCGAAUUCUUUGAUCCUAUCCAAUAGCUUCGUGACUAUUUCAACAGCUUUAUAAUGCAAUUCAGCAAAGAGCAGCUUUUGGGGGAAUGCGUUGGACUACUUGGGGUUACAUGUGUUUUUUGACAAGAUUUUGAAGUUGCAAUUGCUUCAACGGCGGUUCAAUCACAAAAUCAAAUGACAUUGCCCUUCUCUCUCUGGUGAAUCAUGUGGCCAAUGUCGACUCUUAAUUGUCGGAUUAGGCGAUUAAAAUCUGUGGCCAAUGAUGUUGCGGGGCCGGUUUUGGGCUCUGUCAAAGUGCACCGGUUUGGCUAGAUGGGCGUUGAAGUCGUUAGUCUUUCAUCUUUUGUUGUUUAGUGGCUAAUGGGGAAAAUUAGGAUAUUCUUGUAAUUCAAUUAUUCGUUUCCUUUUAUAUAAUAAGUUUCAAAAUCAA